CAACAAUUUUCCCAUUUAAUGCUAUUUAGUUAAAUUUAACACAUUAUACUUUUGGCUUCAAUAAGACCAAAGAUCUAUCGAAAUAAUAUAGCUAAAUUGUCAACCCUAGCAAUAGUUUGUGUGGGCGGGGGUUUGUUUUUGUUAUGGCCUCUUCGGAUCGAAAGCUAAUUGUCGUCUCCGGAUUCGGACCAUUUGUGGGUCACGAAUCAAUAAACGCCAGCUGGGAGGCUGUAAAACUCUUGCCAGAGGUCCUCAGCCACAAUGGCGUGGACUAUGGCCUGGAGAAGCGCUUGGUUCCCGUCGAGUACUCGGCCGUGGACGAAGCUGUGACAGAGAUAUGGAGCCGCGAGCCACACCUGGUCAUACAUGUUGGCGUUUCGGGCAUCGCCAAGUGCGUUUAUGUGGAGAAAUUGGCUUAUAACCACAAGUUCAGAAGGCCUGACAACUCCGGUAAUUAUUUGCCCAACGCCAGCUGUGAACUCCAGCGUAAUGGCCGCGCAAAUGUAUUGCGCUGUGGCCUUGAUGUGGAUAAGAUUGUGGCGACCGUAAAUGCAACAUGCGACGAGUGUGUGGCUGCCAAUAAUCCCAUAGCCACCCCUCAUAAUGAUAACCCGAAGACCCCGAGCGCUACAAAGGUCUCCAAGAACGUAGGUGACUUCCUCUGCGGGUACAUCUAUCUAAAGUCUCUGGACAUGGACACCAAAAGGAGUCUGUUUGUUCAUGUACCGCCCAUUGACAAGCCUUUCAGUAGCGAGACAACCUCUGAGAUCCUUUUCAAGAUAGUAGAACAAUGCGUUCAACAGGUGGCCGCCUGUGAAUGUAGCUCUUAAUUACAGGCAUUAAUGAUUGCAAAGAACUCAAUGUGCAUUUUAUCGGAGUCUCCAUUUUUCAUGUUUUACAGUAUUGCAACUAAGGAAAUGAAUUUUUUAUUACAAUAAAAAUAGUCUAUUGAAUACAUAUUUAAAGAAAACAAAAGAAGCAAGGCAUCUGUAAUGUUUCCAAGUUGUUUAAAUAUAUUGAAACAAUUCGUUUAACAGGUGAA